CUUGGAGGAAUGACAUCCACGCUAGCACCCAGAAGCUCAUCUUCUCUCCCCAGUUUAUAGCAAGUAGUUCAGGAACUUUUGAAGUCUAACCCCCAUGAUGAUGGUGGUGAUGAUAAAAGGUCUUUUGGAAACACAAGCAUUGCAAGAAGCAGAUGAAGACAUGGUCACUGAUGUUGAUUUUACUAACAUUAUUUCUGAAGAAGAGAGAGAAGAAUUAAAAGCUGAACUUGUCAAGCUAGAGGAUGAAAUUGCAACUUUACGGCAAGUGUUAGCAGCCAAAGAGAAGCAUCUUGUGGAAAUAAAGCAAAAACUUGGUAUCAACCUAAUGAAUGAACUGAAACAGAACUUUAGCAAAAGCUGGCAUGAUAUGCAGACUACUGCUGCGUAUAAAAAAACACAAGAGACUCUGAGUCAUGCAGGACAAAAGGCCACAGCAGCUAUCAGCAAUGUUGGAACAGUCAUUAGCAAAAGGUUUGGAGAUAUGAGCACACUUGUCUAGUCCAAACUCCAUUGCUAUAUCGCUACUGAAUAUACGGACAGUGUUUAGCAGUGAUUCGAUUUCUGACUGGGACUUUCCAUACAACUUCAGAUCGUCCAUGUACAGCAGAUGGUUUAUUUUACUUGAUGUUUUCGAUGUUUGGUAUCCGAGGCCUGUUUUGUUUAGUAUUUGUGAAAGUGGAGUCAUGGCGUUUACAAACAACAGAGGGGAUAGUGAGUAAAUAAUAAUAAUAAUUUAUUUAUUUAUUUAUUUAUUUAUUAUUACAUGUAUAGACCACAACAUCCAAAGGCUCUGGGUGGUGCACAACAAGUUUUACAAGACAUAAAACAAACACCAUCUAAAACAUACUACUUAAAACAAUAUAAAAACAAGUUUAAAAUCAUUAAAAACCAAUCAAAAUACCCUAAAACAAUUUUAAAACCUUGGAAGGCCAGACCAAACAAAUAGAUUUUUAGGGCUCUCUUGAAGGCCAACCAUGAGCCCAAACAACGAAUUUCUGCUGGAGUGCAUUCCAUAGCCUAGGAACAGCUACAGAGAAGGCCCGGUUCUAAGUCACCACCAGAUGUACUGGUGGUAACUGGAGACAGACCUCUCCAGAUGACCUCAACAUGAGAUGGGGAUCACACAGAAGAAGGCACUCUCUAAGGUAACCCAGACACAAGCCAUUCAGAGCUUUAAAGGUAAUAACCAGCACUUUGUAUUUUGCCUGGAAACAUAUUGGUAGCCAGUGCAACUGUUUAAAAACAGGCAUAAUACGGUCUCUCUGGGUUACCCCAGAGACCAGUCUGGCUGCCACAUUCUGAAGUUUCAGAACUAUGUACAAAGGCAGCUCCAUGUAGAGUGUGUUGCAAUAGUCAAGCCUGGAGGUUAUCAGCUGAUGCACCACUGUUUUGAGACAAUGGACACAGCUGUUGAAUCACCCGAAGUUGGUGGAAAGCGCUCCUGGCUGUGUACCUGUUCCUUCUGGGGGAGUGUAAGAUCUAACUCAUCCCUCCGAUUCCAAUCCCUCACAAUGAGCACCUCCGUCUUGCUUGGAAUCAGCUUCAAUUUGUUUCCCUCAUCCAGCCCAUUACUGUCCGUAGGCAGGCAUUUAGGGAGUGAAUGCCAUUUGAUGAUGAUGAUGAAGAAGAAGAAGAGGAGGAGGAGGAGGAGAAAUAGAUUUGAGUGUCAUCAACAUACUGAUAACACCCUGUACCAAAUCUCCUGAUGACUUCACCCAGCGGUUUCAUGUAGAUGUUAAAAAGCAUGGGUGACAGUUUAUAUCAUUGUUUUGACUAUUUGAUGUCUUUCUAAUCAUGAGCAAAAUGGCAGACCAGAUUGCUUCUGCUCACUUUCUUUUUUUAAAAAAAGUGUGAAUUAGCCCUGAAUUAUUAUUAUGUAGGAAAUAAGAACUUAAAUUGUAUUUUCCCUAUAUCAGGCAGGUUGUGGCAAAGCUACUUAAUGCUAAGCCCUCAGAUGGGGGUGGGGGGGGAUUCAUUUGAGCAUGUUGUUUCAAAUCCUGCUUGGCUAUUUGGGCGAGGUAUCAACAUAGGGACACAUGCAAAUGCUCAAGGAACUCAAGGAACACAUGCAUGUUCUGUGCCAGGAGCUGCAUACAUUACCAUGCGUACUGGGUAUGGAAAUCCAACACUGAUAAUUACAUUAAUCUUUUGCAUAUACAGUCCCCAAUCCAGCUGGAGAUACAAACACACAAAUCAUUGUGUAGAUGUUGUGGACUAUUUUACCGCAUGUCUGCACAGAAAUAAAAUUCUCCUUAUCACUUGGCAAGAUAAUACAAGCACUUGGCUUACCAAGUGUUACAUGCUCACUGUGCUAAGUUGGCACUUGUAAAUGGUCACCUGUCACCACCCAGUAUCCUCACUGGAUGAUGGUGACACAGGAUGUCAAGAGAACAGCUAGAUAAAAGUAGGUGAGUGUUAAGGAAUAAUGUGCUUUUAGAUCACAUUUUGAAAAUUGCAUUUUUUAAAAUAUCAGUAUGAGAAAUGGGAAGGGACAAUUUAUAAUUUUCUCUUACAUAGAAACCAAGUUCAGGCUUUGAUUUUACUUGAUGAGGUUUGCAUCAUCAAGCUGUUCAUAUAAUUUAAGUCAGUAGAAUUUUGUCUUUUGGGUUUUUUAAUUUAUUCUUUUAAAUCAUCAGUGGAUGUGUUGUAUUAGUUUAAAUUUGCCAAGGGUGCUGUCUACCAACCACUACCACUGAAUGACCUACAUUCAUUCCUGCUGAGGUUGCUAAGAAUUCCCACACAAGCCCUGCUGAAUAAAGGUCUGCAUAGCAACAGUACUUAGUAGAUUUCUCUCCAUACAGUAAGCAAAUCCCUGCUUCUGACACACCCUUGCUUUUAAUUUUGUCUUCUAAUCCAAUCUAACCAGCUGUAAGUAACUGGUCUCAGUAAAUCAUUAAGUUGCAUCUGUUGCAAUUGAUUUAAUGGAACUGAAACACUGAAGGUUUCCUAGACUAGUUCUUUGAAUCUGCCUUUCCCUAUUCCCUAUUAUUAUUUAGAAGGAAAUGACUAUUUGAAGAACAUUUAUUCAGACCUCUAGACACAUUUCCUUUACAUCAACUUGUUUUUAACUUGUUUUCAGGAAUAGGUAUGUGUUUACAUUCCACUUCUUGUAAGAUAGUCAUAAGCCAGUUUUAUAAUCUGUGCUUCUGCAUUGAUGUAACUAUACAGAAUGACCAGGCUUAAACAACUGAACCCACAUGCACACAUCCCUUCCCUCCUUGACCCCAUUUCGGACCCAUGGUAUUUAAGCCCUGACUUGAUAAACCACAACUGUGCAGCUUAUGUGAACUGUGGUUUAACUCUAGCUUACAAAUCAAGAUGUGAAACUGCAGUUUGAACUUGGUUUUGCAUUCUGACCUGUAAGCCAGAACCACAGUUCCUAGUUUCACACAUUGUGUUAAGUCACAAUGCCUAUUGGUGUGUAAGGCAAGAAGGAAGUACACUGGUUCAGCUUUCAUUCCUGAUUGAUAAACAGUGUUGUGAAUUGGGCAAAGUAAUGUCAUAAACAUGCAAGGAUUAUUUGGAAUCUUACUAAUAACUGUGAUAGCCACGGACUGUUAAUUCUUCACACUGGGCCUUAUUAUCAGCCUAGUUUGUACUUGCAGAUGGUGACUAGUUGUGUAAGCAGACUCCAUACACAAAGUUUGGCAGUGCACUGAUGGUCAGCUUUUUUUUACAAAUAGCAACAUGCCAUACUCACUUGUGACUAUUUUACCAUGCAUAAAUUUAAGUCAGACUGAUGAAAAAUAGUCAAGCCGGUUUGAAAUCUAGCAGGUAAACCCAAAGUGCUUUUCCUCUCCCCAUCUUAAGCAUUUCUUGUGAGCAUGAUCUGCUAGUGUGUUCAGUGCUCAUUAGUCAUGGAGGUGCUUCCAUGCCAUGAACGCCCAUGACUUCCUGGUAGCCUCCAGUCAUAUUCCCCUUUCACCCAUUCUGUUCAAUCACCUCACUUCCUAGCUCCAUACCACUUAUUGACAAAGAACCUGCAAAUUUUGGAGCAAAGCUUGCACUCUGCACAACUUUAUGAAAAUCAGCUAAAUUUACAUAAAUGUUUGCGUCAUUUAUUACCUCCGAAUUUGGGAUUGUGUUUUUGCACAGCAUAUGAACACUCUUGAAUAGGGAUGUGCACAAACUGGUUUGUGCACUCCUGGGGUCAGGGAAGGUGCCCUUACCUGCCCCGCCGCUUUCCCCAAAAGCGUUGAUGCGCAGCUGUCGUGCACCUUCUUGCAGCCCCAGUGAACAUCACCACGCAAAUGGCCAAUGCACAUGGUGGAGGAAAAGCGAUGGGGCAGGUAAGUGCACCCUCCCUGCCCCUUAAAGGAAGUCUCUCCACCUCCGAACCAGCUCGAGCUCUGGACUUCCGAACUGGUUCGGCACUCCAGAAAAGAAGCGCCAAACCAGUUUGUGCACAUCCCUACUCUUGAAGACUAUUUCAUUUUUGACUAUUUUGAAAAAAAAGGUUUUCUGUAACUAUAUGCCAGCACCUAACUCUUCUUAAUCUUUCCUUGUG